UCGUUUUGAGUGGCGGAUCUGUUUGUGUGUUAUGAUGCUUGCACUAAGUCAUUCAGUGUAUAAUUUGUUUGCGUGUACAUUUAGUUAUUUUUGUUACUAUAAAGUGAAGUAAAGGUUGGACAAUCUGCAUGAGCAACUGCAGCCUCGAAAUGGCCGUUACCAUGGGGUUGUUUAAACUUUAAACCCGGCUUGUCGAACAAGGUCCAGUUUAUGCAACGUGAAUGCAAGUGUAGCAGGAGAGGCGGUGACACGAGCAAAUCUGAUGAUCAUGAAAGGAUAUUAGCGGGGUUUUUUUGCUUUGUUUUGUUUGUUUUUAAAGCCGAGAGCGUGCAAUGCUGCAAAAAUAUUAAACGGAGGGUGAUAAGCAGCUUAUUAUCCAUAUUAUCGCUACGAAUCGUUAUUCAGCAAAGCAGCUCGUUCAUGCAUGCAUGCAUGCAUGCAUGCAUGCAUGCAUUCAUUCAUUCAUUCAUUCAUUCAUUCAUUCAUUCAUUCAUUCAUCAAGUUUACUGUCUGAAUGUUCAAACAUGAGACACAUGAAGAGAUCCUUUCUCGCCUUGCACAGUCUCCUGCAGGAAUCAAGAUGUCCAUGUGCUCUUACAUCAGCACGAAGGCUAUUCUCCGCAUGCGCAUCAAGUCCAAAAGUGUGCAUCGUUGGAGGAGGCCCUGCAGGCUUUUACACAGCACAGCAUCUCCUCAAGGCUAGAAGUGACCUGGUUGUGGAUAUCUACGAGCGUCUGCCUGUCCCAUUCGGCCUGGUCCGAUUUGGAGUGGCUCCAGAUCACCCUGAGGUUAAGAAUGUCAUUAACACGUUCACACAGACGGCCCAGCACGAACGCUGCUCUUUCUAUGGCAAUGUCAGCGUAGGUACGGAUGUCAGUGUGGAGGAGCUAAAGAAAGCCUAUCACGCUGUUGUGCUUAGUUACGGGGCAGAAGGAAAUCGCUCGAUGGGAGUGUCAGGGGAAAAGCUAACUGGUGUGUUCUCAGCAAGAGACUUUGUUGGAUGGUACAAUGGGCUUCCCAGCAAGAAAGAGCUGCAUCCAGAUCUGAGCUGUGAGACUGCUGUCGUUUUGGGACAGGGGAACGUGGCUCUGGAUGUGGCCAGAAUCCUCUUGUCUCCCUGGGACUUUCUAAAGAAGACUGACAUUACUCAGCAGGCCCUGGAGUCUCUCGGAGCCAGUCGGGUGCGCAGGGUUCUGAUUGUGGGGAGAAGGGGGCCUCUGCAAAUCGCAUGUACCAUUAAGGAGGUGAGAGAAAUGAUUAACCUGCCUGAGACUAAAGCUGACAUGCUCCCAGGUGACUUUGAGGGCAUAGCUGAGGCUCUGAAAGAUCUCCCCAGACCUAGGAAGAGACUGACUGAACUAUUGCUGAAGACUGUGAAAGUGGAUGAAGGCCAACAGAAGGUAGAUAAACAGUGGGGUUUUCGUUUCCUGCGCAGUCCUGUGGAAGUGCUUCCAGAUGCUGAUGGAAAAAAAGUAACAGGGGUUCGCUUUUCUAUCAACAAACUUGAGGGUUCAGGGGAGGAGGCUCGGGCCCUGCCCACAGGACAAACCCAGGAUAUAGAGUGUGGUCUGCUCAUCAGCAGUAUUGGUUAUAAGAGUCUACUUAUUGACCCCUCUGUGCCCUUUGACCCUCGCACUUCCACAGUGCCCAAUGAAAUGGGCAGGGUGUCGGAUACAUCAGGACUGUACUGCAGUGGCUGGGUAAAGCGUGGGCCGACUGGUGUGAUCGCAACAACUAUGAAUGACAGUUUUGAAACAGCACAAAUUCUCCUGAAAGAUUUGGACUCAGGAACACUCGAUCCGUCAGUCGACAAAGCUGGUGCUCAGGAGAUUACGAUCUUACUGAAGACUCGAGGAGUGAGACCAGUGUCCUUCUCAGAGUGGGAAAAAAUCAACUCGGGGGAGGUGCGGAGAGGAGAAGUUCUGGGAAAACCCAGAGAAAAAUUCCUAGAUGUGAAAGAGAUGCUGGCAGUAGCCUGGGCCUGAUCCUGUCUGAAAAAUGCUUGACUGCUUAUAAUCAAAUCCCACAUCACACUAUUUUGUGAUUUGCUUAAUGAGGAGAGGCCUGAUUUACACUGAUUUUACAUCAGACUAAACAACAGUUUGAAAAUUUCCCGACUCUACAUCUGUUGCUCUGGAGCUUAUUAUUUGCUUAGAGUCUGGAUGAAGAAAAACAUUCAUGCUUUUAAUGUGUGGCUUUAUGUGAAGCCUCUCGGGCCACGUUUCAAAAGCACUGCAACAGUACACCUAACCCUGGAACUAGCAUGUGGAAAAAAGUUUUAAUAAUCAAUGUGGCCAAGUGCUGGCUUUCACUGCAGCUGUAAGCUUUGCUGACGUUUCCCUGGUUGGCUCUAAAUACUGAAAUAACAUUGUGGAUUGUGCAGCACUUAUGCUUAUUUUUCUGUUUCAGACAUGAUUGGGCAACUUAGAACCUAAAAACCUGUAUAGUGCUUUCUAUGUGAAGAGUUCUGUUCAUGGAAAAAUUAUAAACUGGAAUUUAUUAAAGUAAAUAAGGUUUUGACUGCAA